AUGUUGGUAGGGCGUACAGCAGCGACACAGAGAAGCAUACGAUGCUUUUCUAAGUCAUUGCUAUUGAGGAAUCAGCCCCAAACGACAGAACCUGUCUCCUCGACACAGGCUAACCAUGCCAUCUCCAAUAAGCAGCUUCUAUAUACCACAGACCGUCUUACGCCAGGGCUGAUAUUCUUCUUGCCUCAUGGUACGAGAAUUUUCAAUAAGCUUGUUGGGUUCAUGAAGAACCAGCAGACAAAGUACGGUUUCCAGGAAGUCAUCUCUCCAUUGAUUUACAAGAAUGAACUCUGGAAACAGUCAGGUCAUUGGGACAACUACAAGGAGGACAUGUUCAAGGUUGUGGGAAACGAUCCUUCCAAAGAAGAGACAGUGGAAGGCUCUACUUGCACAGAUCAUGAAGAUCAACAUGAGUACGGUCUCAAACCAAUGAACUGUCCUGGUCACUGUUUGAUCUUCUCCAAGUUCGACAAGUCAUAUAGUGAGCUUCCUGUGAGAUACUCAGACUUCCUGUCGUUGCAUAGAAACGAGGCCAGCGGUGCUCUUUCUGGUCUUACUAGAGUUAGACGUUUCCAUCAAGACGAUGGCCAUAUAUUUUGCGCCUUGCAUCAGAUAAAUGAGGAAAUCACCAACACCAUCAACCUCAUCAAAGAUACCUAUAGUGUUUUCGGUAUUGACUCGGCUAAAGAUGUUGAAUUCUACUUGAGUACAAGGCCAGAGAAGUUUAUGGGCGAGAUUGAAGCAUGGGACGAAGCUGAGAACCAGUUGAGAGACGUUUUGAACGCUACAGCUGGUAAAGACGGUUGGAAAAUCCGCGAUGGAGACGGUGCUUUUUACGGCCCUAAGAUUGAUAUCUUGUUAACAGAUGCCUUUGGCAAGAAGCAUCAGGUUGGUACCAUUCAGCUAGAUUUCCAGCUUCCAUCUCGCUUUGAGCUUAAGUAUACUGCUCAGUCAGGCUCCAAGGUUCAACCCAUAAUGAUCCACAGAGCCGUCUUUGGUUCGCUUGAAAGAUUCUUUGCCAUCUUGCUCGAUCACUACCAAGGAGCCUGGCCCUUCUGGCUCAAUCCUAGACAAGCGUUAAUCGUGCCCGUCUCCGAGAAACAUGUCGAGGCUGCAAAGGCAUUGCAAAAGCAGAUUUCUGGUGAUAUUGCAUUUAGUGACUCGGUCGCUCCAAUCACAGGGUUCAACUUUUAUGUCGAUGUCGAUACAAGGGACGAGAGCGUUGGUACGAGAAUUAAAGAUGCUGUUCAAAAGAAGUACUCCUACAUUUUGAUGCUUGGAGACAGGGACAUAGAGAAAGGUACCGUUGCGGUGAGAACGAGAGAAAGCAGGAAAGUGCUGAACAUGACACCCGAAGAGAUUAAAGAACUCUUCGUUAGUCUCGAGAGAAGUUACCAGUAA